AGCGAGCACACUAUCUCGUGCUUGCACUCGGAGGGUUCCAGUAUGGGCUCCCACACGGCUGAGGCUCAUGACAAGCCAGACCCUUGCUCUCAGAAGCUACUCAAUGUCCCACCUGUGUCCCUGCGACUUCUUGUGCGGCCCUGGUGGUUACCAGUUCAGGAACUCAGUAAUCCUUUGGUGCUCUACAUGGAAGACUGGAUGGCAAAAAUGAUCAUUGGCCAAGACCAAGCCGAAAUCUCAGAAAUAGAGUGGAUGACCCAGACCCUGCUGAGAGUGGACUACUCUGGGAAAUUAGCUGAAAUCACCAUCUUUGGACGACCCAGAGCACAGACUCGAAUGAAAAAUAUUCUUUUGAACAUGGCAGCCUGGCACAAAGAUGAUGAAACCCGUCUUGCUAGGAAGAUUGCACAAGUUAAAAAGUACUUGAAAGCUCAGAUGUCCUCAGCCUUCAACUCAAGGAUCGAACGACUCAAGCUGGCUGCCGGCCUGCUCCCGCUGGAGUGAAAAACGCAGAUGGAUUCUCAAGUCCCUACACAUGUUUUCUUACCUGCCUUCAUGAGCAUCUUCUGUUUGUUUUUCUUUGCACAUAGCAAUUUGUAAAACUAUUCCAAUAUAAUUUUUUUUUGGUAUGCGGUUAGUUUCGUCACAGUCAAAUUUAUAAACCUUGACUAUUCAGUUGAUGUAGGGGGAGUGUGUAAGUUGUAUUCCUACAGUUUCUUACACACUUCAGUCCGGGACUCAAGAAUGGCACAGUUGACUUAAGUUUAAGUGUUUGAGAUGGUAGUAAUAUAUUUCUGGGCUGGGCCCUAACUCCUGUGUCAAGCAAAAUAUUUUAAGUUAUUCAGACUGGGAAAAGGGCAUCAUUAAAAUGUCAAUUUCUGAUCCUUUUGUUCUUCCUUAUUGAGACAGGAUAUCUACAUAGCCCUGGCUGUCCUGUCCUAGAGUUUCCUAUGUAGACAAGGGUGGUCUUGAACUCGGAUCUACCUGUUUCUGCCUCCUAAGUUCUGUAAUAAUGUGCUCCACCAUGUCUGGCUACCAUUUUUUUUUUUUUAUUUUUAAAAUGAGUUUAUUGAAUGUUAUGAAGGCAACCACUUUUGAUUUGUCAUUAAAAGUUUCAUUUCGUUA